AUGGAUGCCGUUGAACAAGGGCGCAAUAGUGAGUCGAAGAAACUUGCAAUGGAUGCCGUUGAACAAGGACGCAGUGGUGAUUCGAAGAAACUUGCAAUGGUGGGCAAUCAAUCUCAAUCUCCAGGCGGGCUUGUAUAUGUACGAAGAAAAGUGGAGGUAGACGCAAAUAAGGCAAAGGAGGCCCCAACAAGAGAAGUAGCUCGCUGGGAAGAGCGUUACCAUCAGCUUCAAAUGCUUCUGAAUAAGCUUGAUAGUCAAUCUCAUCAGACGGAUCAUCACGUACAGAUGCUUUGGUCACUUUCAGCCGCGGAGCUGAGCAAGCAUGCUGUAGACUUGGAAAAGAGGUCUAUUCACUUGUCUCUCGAGGAAGCGAGAGAGAUGCAGCGCGUAUCUGCAUUAAACGUGCUGGGAAGGUCUGUGAAUUCUCUAAAAUCUACACCAAAGGAAGGAGAUUAG